AUGCAUAUACUUGCAAAACUUGCUGGCGGCGAAGUUGAUGAGCAUUACGAUGUUCUCGAGGCAUAUUUUGCUGAAGGUGCUGACGGUUCGGGCUUAGUGAUGACGUUCCAGCGGCAACUCUCUGCAGAAGAGCCGUGGAAUGGUGAUCCUUCAAAGGACGAUUAUUUCGACAACAGUUAUUGUAUCACCCUCGGAUCUGAAGUGACGAUAUAUGGAGGGCUAGAGCAGGUCUCCUUUCUGGAUUCCCAAGGAUGCUUUUAUUUCUCCGAUCAAGCGGCCGCCAAUCUCGGUACAGGACGACAACUCGUCGUUGAUUUUGAGGUGUCUGAGCAUGCCCUACAGCUCUUUCAACAGUUUCUCAGGGAAGCAGUGACAUGGGGAGUCCCUAGUCAGAUCCCUCAGCUCAACGGUUUAUCCUUCAAAAGUUCCAUCAUGGAAGCUCCCAGCACUCAGCCAAAGGAGCCCGAUGAAAGAAUUAAGGCCCGCAAUCAAAAAGGCGAUCACCUCAAACUCAAAUUCAUCUCCCAAGAGCAACUGGGUCGUGAAGGCGGAAACCUUCUUGAUGAUGGGGCCCGUUCCAGCGAACAAACCCUCGAGGACAUCGGAUAUCUUUCCAACUUGGCUCCUUUCCAGCAGAAGAUAUGCGAUAACUUGCGCGGUUUGGGCUGGAUUGAUACCGACAUUUGCAACUUUCUGAUCCAGCUUGAGAACAUGCGAGGACACAUACGGGCUGAACUGAGAAUGAAGGGGCAGAGUGAGAUCGACAUUCAAAAGCUCGAGGAUAUCUGUAAGACAGAUAUGAAGGAUUUCUCGUACCUCCGACGGUCUGGCGCCAACCGGGCCCUCGAGGAAUACCAGACUGAGCUAUACCUGCUGCAAGAAAACAAGAGGCGAAGAAGGGUUAUGUUAAAUGGAGAAUGA